AUGAUCGAUCUGCCUGCUAAUGAUCCCUACGAUGUCCUUGGGAUACCAUCGACUGCCCAGACAGCCCAGAUCCGGACUGCAUACAAGAAACUAGCCCUCAAGUUCCAUCCCGACAAGAUACAGGAUGAGGCCCUCCGGGAAAAGGGCACAGCUGAGUUCCAGAAGAUACAGGAGGCCUACGAGCUCAUCUCUGACGAGAACAAGCGUGCUCAGUAUGACCAGGUAAAACGAGCUGCCGCUGCUGCAAAGGAGCGGAUGGCGGCUAGAAACUCAUCUGGCUCGGCGAGGACAAGAGAAAACUGUGUGUUCGAAGAUAUCACCCCCAGGGGAUACCCGAAAGGUUCAAAGUACGAUUCUCGACAGCAGCCGCCGCCUCCUCCUACUUCUUCUUCAAAACCUCGUCGGGCUCCUCGAGAUCCCUCGCCAGUCUCGGUAGACCGAAAUCCAAGACCAUCUCGUUAUUCGGACGACGACUCUCCCUACGAGGAACGCCGCGCGAGCUCAAGAAAGUACGCUGAGUACGAGAGAAGACAUCACCACUCUAGAACUAGAGGCAGAGACACAUACGAGAGGAAGUCCAGCAGCAGUAGCAGCAAGGACCACAUCAAACGCGAAGCCAACCGUCUCGCAAAGGAGAGGGCAAAGGAGACCCGAGAAUCGACUAGAAGUAGUCGUGCCAGAAAUGCCAAGUUCCGUGACACUGAGCGUCGUCGAGAUACUUCGGAAAAGCACAGCCGUACGGCUUACGCUGCCACUGUCGAAGAAGAGUACUCCGAUGAGUCCUCUUCUGACUCUGGUUCUGACUCUGACUACAGCGAACCGGAGUACACUCGCCCGUACAGAGAACAUCGAAGACCUACCGAGAAAGCUAGAUACCCUGAUGCAAGCUACUCUUCCAGCUGGGAGAGCCCCAAGAUGGCUGCCGACAUCGAGGGAGCCUGUGAAUACAUGAGAUCCAAAGCUGGAAUGCAAAAGGCCGCAGAAGGAAAGCCAAAUGUAGUAUAUGUUACUCCACUAGGGUCAUCCCGUCGAGAAAAGGACACCGCUCGUCGCUCCUCUGCCAGACCUCGCAUGCCGGAGCGAGAACGAGAGCGAGAAAGAGAUAGGGAUAGAGAGAGAGACAGAGAUAGGGAAAGAGAAAGGGAAAGGGAAAGGGAAAGAGACAGAGACAGAGAGAGGGAUACCUUCGAACCUCCUCGCUUCCAAAGUGCAUACAGCAUCCCAACCCGAGGCACACACUCAAAGUCCUCCUCCACAUCAUCGCGCGCCCCUCCCACUCUCCGCAGAGCAGGAACAGUGCCAGCCACCUUUGAUACCCGCCAUGUUGAACCAAUUGUUCCUCGAUCAGUCAGACAGAAUGGCACCCUGUACGAUUCUGGCUACAGCAGUCCAGCAAGCAGUCCCCCCAUCAUCCCAUCUGGUGAUUUCUUGCGCCCUAACACCCGCCAGCCCAAAAUCAUCACGCCAACAAGCGGCAGCACCAGCAGCAGUAGUAGCAGCAGUAGCUCCGGCCACCGGCGCACUCAGAGCACAUCCCCUCUACACAGAGACCCAGUCACAAUCCAGCCUACUUCUGCUCCCCCAAGAAGUCGUCCUUCUGAAAUGUUCCAAGAACUGAAACCGAACCCGAACUACUACCAUGUCUUUCCCAGCCAAGUGCGGUAUUCGCCGCGCAUUGGAACGGAAGACAUUUCCUUUGGUGGUCCACCAAAGAAGCCGGCCUUCUUCAGGAAAGCCUCUGCUGUCUCUUGA